GUACUCCCCGACAUUUUGACUACUUUUCAAACUUCCGAAUCAUGGCUCUCGUCGUCGUCCUCCUCCUCAUUAUUUUCCCGCUUCCGGCCCGGGGGGAGGAGCCGGCGGCGGCGGUGCAUGUGCAGGUGGUCACCAGCAGCACGCCCUGCAGCGCCACCUGCGGCCUGGGGGUGAAGGUGCAGCGGGUGUGCGAGCUGAAGGACGCCGAGGGCGCGCUGGAGGAGGCCGGAGACGCUGCGAUGACGUCUCCGUCGGACGUGACGGAGCGGUGUCGUGACGUCACGGUCACGUGCCGGGAGUCGUGGCAGUGCGGCCUGAAGACCGUAACCGUGACGACGGGGGAGAGGGUGGAGCUGGACUGCCUGCUGGCGAAGAACGCCGAGGUGGUGAUGAAGCUGUCGUGGAGGGUGUCGUGGUACCGCGCCCGGGGAUUGAUCACCUCCGACGACGCGCUCUUCGCCCGCUGGCACAGCCCCACGUUGGACCUGCUGGUUCUGGACCCCGUGGAGGAGGAGCACGCAGGGACGUACCGCUGCGAUGUGCUGGACGCCGCCGCCAGGAGGGUGAAGAAGGCUUACUGGGGGGUCCGAGUGCUGCCCAGAGGGGUCUUGAAUCUGGACUACAACCACGCUGAGAGGGUGUGGGACUCCAGCAAGCAGGCGGCCGGCGUCCAGGAGAAGUCCUGGGUCAUCUACCUGAUGCUGACCUUGCUGUGCAUGGCCAACACGGCGGCGGUUGCCUUCGUGGCGGUGAAGGUGACGAAGAACAAGGGCUCGUAUUCGGUGGACGAGGAGGCCGGCGACCACGAGGAGACCACGACGGAGAUUUGAAGGCACGGCUCGCCUAUUUGUGACCGAACCCGAGUAUCAUCCCGUUAAACCAGGGGUGUCCAAACUUUUUCCACUUAGGGCCGCGGACUGAAAAAUCGAAGCAAGCGGGGGCCAUUUUGACAUCUUUUUAUUUUAAAAAACAAUACAAUAUAUGUAUAACUAAUAUACAUUUAGACUUCCACUCAAGGGUUUUGGUCCAAAAAAAAAAAAAAAAAGUGUCAUUAUUCAGUAUUAUUUAGUUUUAUUAUUAUUCAAGUUAUAAAUUUCCAGAUCAACAUAAAGUCCAUCUGUCAAUAUAAUGAUUUUAAAUAUUUAUGUUGUAUGCUCUUUUUGUCAAAGAAACCCUGUUUUUAGAUAAAAAAAACCCCACAAAAUAUGCAAUAUUAUCACCCAAUAUUUUUUUCA